AUGCUGGUGGAUUUAGAGAAUCAAGUAAGUGAUAUAGUCCUGGAUCAGUACCAAAUUGAUCGCAGUCAUAUGGGACUAUAUUUUCUUGAAAACCUUGAAAAUGAAGGACAGAGAACUACAGGAGCAGAUAUAUAUGGGCCACGAACACUGUUUCCCGCUGAUGUCCCAAUUCUUUUUCAACCCAUGUCCCGAGCGGAGCUUGAAAAGUACCCCAUUUUACCGUCAAAACAGCCGAGAAUGAGGGACUACGACCCCGCCAUUGCCGGUGAAUCGCCAAGUUCCCAGAAACACCGCAUAUACCAAUGGGCCUACCAUUUAUUAGGCUGGGUGGAAGACUCCGUGAGUCAAUGCGGAGUAAGAGAAAACGCGAAAACUUUAGAUGAACGACUACAUAGGCAAAGAAAACUGAAAAACAUACACUGGCCCGAUCCGUUCUAUCUAGGCUGCAUGCUGUUUGGGGCAUACCCUUCUGUUCACGACCAAUGGGGAACAAUUCUUCGGAUCGAGCCAGAUAUGGUUGAUGGCCACCGUAUCUAUCCCCAUCUUACCAUUGGCCUAGCUCUAUCGCAUUGCGGGAAAGAGAGCUCCAUGCUCUACGAGGAACUCGCAGUGAUUAUAUCUGCUAUGCAAUGCCGGGCUCUUCAGCCUCGGGUUCCAGAAGAUAAGGCUUUGUUUGAGGAGGAUAUUGAGACUAUAAAGUCCAUGCCUCGGGAGUUUGGGAAUGAAAAGACGUUUCCUCUUCUCCUUCUGUCAUUUCCGGGUCCCCAGAAUUUCCGUUGUUUUCAUGUCUGUAUGCGUGGGACUCGGAUGCUUAUUCUACAGUCUAAGCUAUACAGCUUCGAAAAAAAGGAGACUGCGCCGAUUGAGCUUCUAGUACGCUUGGCAAUGAGCCAGCCGUUAUCAGAGAAUUAA